CUAUAUCAUUUAAAGAAGUUAGAAGUUCCUGGUUUGUCAGUGAAGAAGUCAGAGAGGCAGCAGUAAACCAUCAGAGCCUCAACAUGAAAGUCCGUCACACUUUGAUCUGCUUCUUCUUCCUCUCUCUGCAGGAUGGAAACACUGGUCUCACCAAUGCCCAAAUCCCAUCUGUCUAUACAGGAACUGAAGGAGGAGAUAUCACAGUUACAUGCCCCUUUUCUUCACGUGGAGUCAGGAAGUUCUUCUGCAAGAGAAAAUGUAAACCAGAGGACAUCCUCAUUGAAACAACUGGUGUCAGAGAUCAGAGAGGCAGAUACAACAUCACAUAUGAAAGAGGAUUUUUUUUAGAUAAUGUUUUCGUGAGCAUCACACAGCUGACCAAGUCUGACUCAGGACUGUACAGCUGUGGUCUGGACAGAUCAAACAUUACGUUUGAAAUCAUUGUUGUAGAUGCACUGCUGGAUGGAAGUCCUCCUGAAGAAACAUCCCUCUAUACAAGAGCUGGAGGAAAUAUUGUAGUUGGAUGCUCCUUUAUUUUCUCUGGAAGCAGGAAGUACUUCUGCAAGGAAGAAUGUAAAGAGAAAGACAUUCUUGUUGAAACAACUGGUUUCACAGCUGAGAGAGGCAGAUACAGCAUCAGAUAUACAGAACGAUCUCUGACAGAUGUAUCUGUGUAUGUGAGCAUCACACAGCUGACCAAGUCUGACUCAGGACGGUACAGGUGUUGUCUGGACAGACGUUUAUUACCAGAUUCCUACCGGGGGUUUGAGAUCAUUGUCACAGAUGCAGUCCCAUCAGCCUCCACACCAACAACACAGAGUUUAAGUUCUCAGACUGACCAGCAGCAGACUGCGGCAACAGCAACAGCAGAGCCAUCAGAGGAACACUGAGGAAAUACAUUGUGAAAUGAAGGCUAGUGAAACACAAGCUCCCUUGAUCGGUGGGAUUUUGGCUCUCUGUAGUACAAUAUGAAGGACCAGAAUGAGCAAUGGCUGCACCAAAAUCAUUUGAUUUGACCAAACUGUCCCUAGUUGAAGACACUGUGCUCCAGAAUCAGCUGAAGAAUGAUAUACACAUGAUUCACCCAAGGUUAAGUAGUUUUCACUAGUGAGAGUUAGCAUAACUGUUAGCAACUGUAGAAAAUGCUGUUAGUUGCAUGCAGUUACAUAUAGCUUCAGUACUGAUUUAGAACAGUGGUUAAAAUGUUGUUUGGAACUAUGUAUGACGUGUCCUGUAACAUGAUUUUAUUGGAUUAAUUAACUAAUCAAUCAGAAAUCAGUAUUUUCCAUAAACAUGGUGAAAUGCUACUGUAGAAUAAAAUUAAAGAAUCAUGAUACUUGUGUGUACCUUGAUGAGCUCUGACUGAAAACCUUUGACCUACCCAAUGAGAAAGAACACAGUUUGUUCCAGAAAAGGUUUCUUCAAAAAAAGAUUCUUCUACAGUUUGAUAGCACUGCAUGAACAGGCCCACAUGUUAAAUUUCAAUUUGAAUCUAUUAUUAUCCACUAAUGAAUUUCAAUUUAUUAGUGGAUAGCCCCGUGAGAUGUAGCAUCUCGUUUUCACAAGGGUCCACAGAUACACAUACAUAAUACAACAGAAAAAACACAACAUACCUAGUACAGAAAAUACAAAAGCACAGAACAAAUAUUCAAAACAACUGAGUUACAAAGCAGCUUGCACCCUCACCCCAGACCAAUGACGAUGAAAAUAGAAUUUUAAACAUUUCCAAUAAACUUUCAGCAAAUUACAAAAAAUUAAAAACAAAAGACACAUCAAGGUUCAGACAUGUCAUAUCUCGUACAAUAAGUACAUCACAUUUAGUUGAGAUACACAAGUCAAAACAACUAAUUACACAAUCAGGACCUGUAAAACAAUUGAGAUUUAGUGAAAACAAGUAUCGCAUAAGAAAGGUCAAAUCCAAAGAAGGUAAAUCAAUUAGAUGAUUACAUGAAACAAAUUACAAGCAAUACUAAUGAGUACAGCAUCAGUAGCAUGCGCACACAUUGUUAAGAUAGUGAAGUGUAACCUAAAUCUGCAAAAAGAUUAGAUGGAUCUCAAAGAAAGAGGGAGAUUGUUCCAAUCACAAGUAGCCUCAUAAUGAAAAGCUUUAGGUCCAGCAGCUGAGAAGAUUCUUGGUACAGCAAAGACAAGAUAUUGCAUUUCUCUAAGUGAAUAUGUAGAACUACAAGGAACCGAGAGUACUUUCAGAUAUGGAGGACAAUUGAAAUUGGCAUAUUUGAAAAUAAAUUUAAACCAAUUGAAGUCUCUUCCUGAAUUAAGCUGAAGCCAAUUUAGUGAUUUAUGCAUUACACAAUAUUGAGUUUUUCAAAGGACCCUUCAUAACAAAUCUACACAGAGAGUUAAAUACCACAUGAAGUGGCUUAAGAACAAUGUCUUCAUGUAGAUGAUAUCAGCCUAGUCUAUAAUGGGAAAUAUCAACUGUGGCGUUGACCUAUUCCUGACUUCAAAUGUGAAACAAUUAACUAUAAAUCUAUAGAUCUAUAGAGUGAACUGAGACAGCAAUAUGUUAUUUUUGGCUAUAUUCAGACUGCAGGCCUUAAUGCUCAAUUCCGUUUUUUUUUCCCAGAUCCGAUUUUUUUUGUUUGACAGUUCACAUUAUAGCUUAAAUGUGGCCCAUAUCAGACUCCAGUGUGAACUGUCCGCGGCCUGAAAGCUCGCAAAACACUCCCGGUUUUCACUGUCGUCUCACGGAUCACAUUUCUCCCUACAGUUUUCGGCACUGUACAACGCAACUGCCCCACAACUCACUUUAAAUGCGACCUGAGUGUCCAGACUCAGGUCGCAUUUAAAAAGAUCCGAUCUGUAUCAGAUUUGGACCACAUAUGGAAGUGGCCCAAUUCCGAACUGGAAAAGAUCAGAUUCCAUGUGACUUGGCCUGUUUACACUGUCAUAAAAAGAUCAGAUCUGAGUCACAUAUGAACUGCCUUGGCGUGCAGUCUGCACAUAGCCUUUGUGAUGUAAUCAGUGUGAGGUUUAAAAGGUAAGCUCAGGAUCAGUCGACAGUCCAAUUUAAAUUAAUCCAAUUUCACCAUGGAAGACCCAUCUUCAAAAUAAAGAUGCAAAUUAAGAGCACAAGGUGGUCAUUUGUUAUUAUGAAGCCAUUUUUGCGUCAUAAUAAAGUCAUCUUGUAAUCUGUUUUGGACACAGUGAAUGUCAGAGUCAGCAGUGUAAAUAACAGUAUCAUCAGCAUAAAGAUGAACUUUACAGAUGGAACAGAUGCGUGAUAAAUCAUUAAUGAAAAUCGAGAACAAAAGCGGUCCUAGAGUGGAACCUUGAGGAACCCCUUUAUCAACCAAUAAAUCAUUGUGAAGAUAAGAAUUAAACCAUAACAGUGCACUUUGAUUCAAACCUAUUGCAUAAAGCUUGUCAAGCAGGAUAUAAUGAUCCAACAUAUCAAAAGCUUUGGAAAGGUCGAUAAAAAUAGCACCAGUUAGCUGUCCCUUAUCGAAUGGGGAGAAAAUGUCAAUGGUCACCUUUUGUCACAGAUUGAACCAGAUUGAUAUGGGGAUAAGAUGUUAUUCCGAAUUGUGAUAAUUUAAUCAAAAUUAUUAUUCAUGAUCAUCAUUCAUCAAUUAGGAAGCAUCUGUAAAAAAAAAAAUUUUUCUUUUCUUCAACCUC